AUGACAACUAAUCGUCAAAAAAUUAAACACUUAAUAGUGGAUUCUGGACCUUUUAUUAAAUUAACAGAUGUUCGUUCACUAGCUGAAAAUGUAUACACUGUACCUGAAGUAGUUUCAGAACUUCGUGAUCAACAUGCCAGAGACUUCUUUAAACAAAUUUCUUUUGACAUCAAGUUAAAGAGACCUUCUGAUAGUGCAUUAAGAGAAGUGAUGAAUUUUUCAAAAAAAACUGGUGAUUUUGCAAAUUUAUCAGUAGUUGAUUUUAAAGUAUUGGCUUUGACUUAUAUGAUUGAGUCAGAGACUAACGGCGCUGAUAAUUUACACUCAGUGACAGAUGCAAAUAAUAUAUCAAAACAUAUAGAAAACAAUCGAGAUUUAUCCAUUGAUAUACAAGAAGAAGAAACAAUAGGUGUUGCAUGCACUACAAUUGAUUAUAGUAUGCAAAAUGUUUUAUUACAAAUGGGGCUUAAUUUAAUAUCUGUGGAGGGUAAAAGAAUCAAACAAAUAAAAAAUUGGGUCUUGCGUUGUCAUGCAUGUUACAAAAUAACUACCAACAUGGAAAAAAAAUUUUGUCCCAAAUGUGGCGGACCAACAUUAAUCCGUACUUCUACAAGUACUGAUGCAAAUGGUAACGUCAAAUAUUAUUUAAAGAAAAAUUUUCAAUAUAAAUUACGUGGCACUAAGUACUCAAUUCCAAACCCCAAAGGAGGCCGUAAUCCUAACAACCCAAUACUUUACGAUGUAUUCAAUUGA